AUGCACCUUCGCUCAAAUCUAAAAUCUCUUCCUGCCCCUCACCGUCUCGCAUGGCUGUGCCCAUGCACUCUCACUCCUCCACCCUCUCCCUGCUCUCCUGACCCCCCUGCCCGCCCUGUAUCCCCUGCCCUAUUCCCUCCUGCCCCUCCUGCCCUCCUGCCAUCUUGCCCCCCCCUCCACCCACCAGAGAAUGUACCGCGCUCCGCUGCUCUCCAGUGUGGGCUUCCUGGAGCAAGCCAUACCGGGCAUAGAGUUCAUCCCCACUGCCACACUUGGCUGGAUGCUAGAGACGUACCCUCAGCUGCGCCAGCUCACCCGAGCCUUGCCACUUAUGGGCCGACUCAGCAGCCGCUUCAAGAAAUGAGGGCCUCCUGGUCUCGUGAAUGCGCUGUACCGCGUGAGCCGGCGGUUCCUGAUGAAGUGGACGACGCCGCCAUGUCCGCCGACGCGGCUUCGCCUGCUGGUGAGUUCAGUGUCUUGCCGCAAAAGCCCUCUGUGAUUCUCAUUUGA